AUGGUGACGACCAGCGUCGUCGGAGCUCCUCCAUUGGUGGUUGCUCGGUCUCUCCGGAGACCAAGGUGUUUCGCUUCCACCUCUAAUUCCGACCUUCUCCGUUCCCAGCUCGAUCGGCUUCACGCGGAAGCUGAAUCCACUCGUGCCAAAGCAAAUAGUAACAGGUUGAGACUUCUGAGGUUGUCAGAGGCUGCAGAGAAUCUGCGGAAACAAGCAGCUGUAAAUGUUCAGACAGGGAAAGUGAAUGAUGCAAGAGAGUUGCUUCUUCAGAAGAAAAAAGUUAUGCAAGCUUUGGACAAGGCUAAAGCUCGCAUCGAGUUGCUCGAUACCCUUUCUUCUAAACUCAACGAGGCAAUAUCUAUCAAGGAAACGCAGCUGAUUGGGAAUAUAUCAUUGGAUCCUGAAAUAGAUAGAGAUAAUAAUGCUUCGGGUGGUGUUCACAUUGUAUCUCCAAAGCUUGAAUCUACUGAAAGUGAUCCAACUGGCUUGGAUUCUCAGGAUAGUCAACUUAUUGAGGAAGAAUGCCAAGAAACUCUCGACACUGACAAUCUUCUACUAGAAGACGCUUUAACUGGAAUCGACUUCAGAGAAGUAUCUUCUUAUGAAUCUUUCUUGGAAAAUAUAGACCAGAAACUUGGCAGAAUCGAAGCUGAGCUAGUCACUGUUGUGAAUGUUGCAUCUUUGGUGCUUAAUCAUGAAGAUAAACCCAAGAAUCUUAAAGUUCAGCAGACUGCAGAAAUUCUUGAGGAGAUUCGUUGUAUCAGGGAAAGAAUUGCAAAUAUCAUUUGCAAAGAGGGAGCAAACAUCUGA